AUGCUUCAGAGGGGUCCUAGGAGAGUCGGGAUUGCCGCCUUGCCUGACAAGGUCGGGACCACCGUCUCGCGAAACGAGACGGCGGUCUCGCCUUUGGUGAGUGGCAAGACGGUGGUCUCGCCAAACGAGACGGCGGUCUUGCCAAAUGGGAUGGUGGUCUCGACCCUUUGGGUGGAAUUUCUUAUUUUUCGUGUACAAAAAUUCUUCUUAUUUGAAUAUGGGGCCUAUUGA